AUUAUAUAAUAGGGGUUCAUACAUUCUUUCUUGUAUACCUACAUUUCGGCAAGUCGAUUUCACUUCUCUUCUUGCUUCUUGGACUUCUCCGCAUUUUUAUAUCACCUUUUCCCUCAGAAAAUUCUGCUCAGAUCCCUAAUUUUCUCGAGAAAAUGAAGAAAGUGGUGGUGAAAUUGGAGUUAUUUGAUGACAAAAUUAAGCAAAAAGCCAUGAAAACAGUCUCUGGCCUCUCAGGGGUGGAUUCAAUUGCAAUGGAUAUGAAGGACAAGAAAUUGACAGUGACGGGGGAUAUAGAUCCAGUGAUUGUAGUGGCAAAGUUGAGGAAGCUGUGCCACACAGAGAUAGUGACAGUUGGACCAGCAAAAGAACCAGAGAAGAAGAAAGAGGAAGCUAAGAAAGAAGAACCAAAGAAGGCAGGAGAUGAGAAGAAUAAAAAUUCAAAAGAUGGAGUGGCACCGGCUCAGCUUGUGGCACUGGCUCAGUACAACCAUGGCUAUUAUCAACAACAUCCUCCAGUGCAGACAUACUAUUACAACCCUAGUGCGCAGGAGGACCCGAACGGUUGUGUUAUUUGCUAAUUGCCACAACAUCUCUUAUUAUGAACCAACGAACACAAUUUCUGUGAGUGAGAGAGAGAAAUGGAUCUGGGAUUUAUUUAGUAGUUUUUGUAGUGUAAUAUGUAACACAUAAGGGUAGAACCCAAGUCUGAAGAGAUUUCAUGUACAGCAGGGUAGCAGUGGUGUGUGCUGAUUUCAUCAUCGUUUAUUAUUUGUUAUUUAGGCAUUGUGUUUAAAUUUAUCGGGUGUUUUGAGAAGAUAAGCAUUGUCUUUGAAUUUAUGAAGCCUUUUGAAAAGAUGGUAAAA